GUUUCUGCCAAUCAGCGCCCUGACCGUGUCCGAGAACUGGAAAUGCACCGCAGAGGCCAGAUGGGAUGUUUGGAUAAGAAGUUGGGAAAUGCUGGAUUUGGUGCUCUGGGGCAGUGUGUGUAACCUAAAACGAGACGAGAUCGAGUAAGCCCGGCUAGAGAUUUGGCGCCAGAUCGACCUAAUCCCAAAGGAUUUAAGCGUGACCAGCAACCAAAACCGGCUCUCGAUUUCCGCACUAUUCUCCAGGGUGACAUCUUGUGCGCUCAUUUGGUCAUGGAGUCUCAGCAGUGUGAGGAGAGCUCCAAGACUGGAGAGGAAGACCCUGCUGUGGAUAAAGAACUCGCCAAAGCCAUUUUAGCACGACAGUUCCACCCUUCUGUCAUCGGCCCGGAGACGUGGGAGGGUUACAUCUUCUCUGGUUCGGAGAUCCGAAUUAAAGAAUCCACGGACCUCUACGGAGCUGUACUUUGGCCCUCGGCUCUGGUGUUGUGUCACUUCCUGGAGACCAACCGAGAUAAGUACAACCUGAUGGACAAGAACGUGAUAGAACUCGGUGCAGGAACUGGUCUGGUCUCUAUCGUCUCGAGUCUUUUAGGUGCUAAGGUCACUUCCACAGACCUCCCUGAUGUGCUCGGAAACCUCCGGUACAACGUCACAUGCAACACAAAAGGACGGUGCAAAUAUGUCCCGCUGGUGACAGAGCUGGUCUGGGGCCCAGAGGUGGAGCAGAGGUUCCCCCAGCGCACGCACUAUUUCGACUACAUCCUGGCUGCCGACGUGGUCUACGCGCACCCUUAUUUGGACCAGCUGUUGGACACCUUCGGCCACCUGUGUCAAGCCAACACCCAGAUCCUGUGGGCCAUGCGUUUCCGCCUGGACCCAGAGAACAGCUUUGUGGAUCGCUUCGGGGAGCGCUUCCACCUGGAGGAACUCUAUGACCUUCCCAGUCUGAGCAUUAAACUUUAUCGAGCCUGGAGGAGGGACAAGAGGACGGACGAUACCGUUUAAGUUGACUUAAUGGACGAUUUUAUCAUGCGUCUUUCUGAGCCUCUUUUGUUCAUUGACUACA